CAGGAACCUAAAUGGAAAACAAUCUUGUGGAGAAGGCUUAGGAUAUUUGUCGUCUAUACUUCGAAAGUGCAACCAAGAAAACUGAGAUAGAGUUUAUGCCGAACUGAAUUUCCAGAAUGAACCCUUCUGACAUAGCUUUGAGAACUAAGCUACUGCAGCUGGAGUGUCACUUCACCUGGGAUCUGACCAAAGAAAGUGCAGACCUGUCAGAUCUUCAGACCAGGCUGGAGGAACAAAUAGAGCUGGACCUGGGCAAGAAAGCUGGGGCAAUCAGAUCAUAUUGUUUUUUGGCCUAUGUCAGGUACCUGCAAGGAUUCCCAGAUGAUGCCCUCACAAACCUGCUCAAAUCAGAGGAGAAGGGAAGGGAAUACCAUGGGGAUGAUUGUGAGCCAUUUCUCAUUGUCACCUAUGGCAACCUUGCCUGGCUACACUACCACCGAGGAUCAUACCCCCAGUGUGAGAGCUACUUGGAAAAGCUUGUGGAUAUAAAAGAGAAGUUCCCCCCCACUGCGUCACCGACUGAGCUUCACCCAGAUGUCUAUGGUCAGAAGGGCUGGACCUACCUCAAGUGGGCCCACAAGUACUACGAGAGAGCAAAGCAGUGUUUUGAAAAAGCCUUGGAGCAGGAGCCAGAUGAAAGUGAGUGGAACGCUGGUUAUGCCAUCGCUCUCUAUCGCACAGAAGAUUACAAUACAAGACCAGAGGACUCACUAGCGGUGAAGCAACUCCGACGAGCCAUUGAGCUAAACCCAGAAGAUGCUGUUCUAAAGGUGUUGCUUGGCCUGAGACUGGCUGUAUUCAAGGAGCACGAUGAGGCUGAGAGGUUGAUCGAGGAAGCUCUCGAGAUGGAUUCUAGCAACCCCCAUGUGAUUCGAUACGUCGGGAAAUAUUUUCGGAAAAGUGGCUCCGUAGACCGCUCCAUUGCACUGCUGAAGAGAGCUGUGGAGCGGACCAAUAAUUCGGCCUUCCUUCAUCAUCAGCUAGCUCUGUGCUACAAGAAAAAGAAGACAAAUCUGUUCUAUGCAGGGGGUGCCAAGGGCAAAGGACGUGAAGUCGGACAGCUUAUCAAACAGUGCAUCUAUCAUCUGCAAUUGGCCACAACACUGAAGUCUAACUUCAUUUUAGCCAUGGCUGAACUUGCUUUGCACUACGGGCAGAGUAAAGAUAUUGACAGGGCCGAAGAAAUGUUCCAGGAGACAUUCAAAGCUGCAAAGGAGAACCACGACAAUGUGCAGGUAGUGCACCAUUACUAUGGUGAGUUCCAGCAGUACUACAACAAAUCCCAAGCACUAGCUAUCAAGCACUACAAGGAGUGUAUGACACUGGGGUUCAAUACAUUUCAAGGGAGUAGGAGUGCCCUUUCCCUGAAGAAGAUGGCAGAGAAGCGUCUGGACAGAAACCCCACAGAUGGAGAAGCCUUUGGAAUCCUGGGAUUCGUCCACAGGGCAGAGGGAGAGAAGCGCCAGGCAUUGGAGUGCUACGAGAAAGCUCUGCAGUUUGAUUUUAACAAUGACGAGUAUCUCAGUGCCCUGUGUGAUCUUCGUUUGUCUUUGCAGUAACUCUUCUUCCAUGUCAUACCAAUAUGAGCAAACGUCAGAAUAAUUACAACAGUUUACAUACUGUAUGUGGACUUGUCACCACUGCUUGGCUGAACGGAUGUGAAGAGAUCUGGUUUGGCAUUGAAUAGGGUAAUAUAAUAUAGUGAUAUAGUGAUAUAUUGGCAUGCUUACUGUUUAAUUCCCAUUCAAAAGCAAACGUCAAACUCUCAUCAAGCAUGGCAGUCAUAUGGAUUUAGGCACAACAACAGUGAGCAAGAAGAUUGGGCACAUCAUUGUUUUUUUAGCCUUCCUUUACACUGAAUGAGGGAAUCACUAUAUACAGUAAAUUCCACAUGAAACAUUGAUUAAAAUAUGU